GCUGCUCAUCAGAAACAAUGUGGGUGUCAGUGAAGCUUGUGUCGUGUGCAGUGCUGCUGAUGCUCUUCACCUCAGGACUGUGUCAGAGCGACAGUCGGAGGGCGGUGUCGGAGCACCAGUUGAUGCAUGACCGCGGCCGCACUGUGCAGAGUCUGAAGCGGUUAAUCUGGCUCUCGUCGGCCAUCGAGGGUCUACACACAGCCCAGGCUCGAGGACUGGACCCGGGUUUGGAUCACGGACUCGGUCUGGACCAGGGACUCGGUCUGGACCAUGGUCUCGGUCUGGACUUGGAUCUGCGCCCGGAUACCGCCAACAUGGAGAGAAUGAAGAGUCUGCUGCGAGAGUUCUUCAAAUCAGUUAAACAAUGAAACAAAAGACUGAAGCGGAGAAUAGCGUUUAUAAAAUGAGCUCAGUG